AUGAGCACCAAGGACCAAGACGACCCACCUUCUGCACCAAAUGCCAACACUGGCAAUAGCGCUUCGACUGCUACUAGUAGAGCUCAAAUAGCUUUGGAGGAUGUCGAAUAUCCUGGCGUACAUGACGUAUUGUGCGGAAGAGGUGGACACGCAACUUGUCACCCUGGAAAUGUGAAAUUUAGAACGAUGGUAGAGAAGUACAAGCCAAAGUACGCGACGGCUUCCAGGUUCGGCAAGUCACAAGUAGCUUUGGAGGUUGUGGAGGCAUGGAGAACCCAAACACCCCCAGGCAGAUUUCUAUUACGCACCGAGCCGAAAAAGGGAGAUGACAGCAAGUGGCACGAUGUUGGCGACAAAGAAGCUUGUAAGAAGGCAUCACAGUGCCUCAGAGACAAGGUACCUCGAGAUAGCUUCAUGACGGUUUUGUCCCCGUCACAGCAGGAAGUAUCCAUUCCUGUAGCUGCCCUCAAUGACCAACAGGCCCUGAACAACCACAAUGCGGCGCUUCAACAAGCAAACGCAUUUCAACAACAUCAAUAUCAGCAACAGCUAUGCCAGCAACAGCAGUAUCAACGGCAGAUGCAAAUGUAUCAGCAACAGCAGCAGUAUCAGUGGCACGGAUCAUCCAUCUCGGCAGAGUCAGGAGCCAUGGCAUCGAUUCCUCCCCCUUAUCAAAACCAAACGUUGCAUGUCUCACAACAGCAAGCUCAGCCACAACCAUGUGCACAGUCUGCACAAGCACAGGCGAAUCAUCAACCGGUACAGCAAGCUGGCCAUCAACAAAUAAUGACAUUGCCCCAAUUGACGCAGCCGCAAGGUCAAUAUCAGCAGGCACCGGCAGCCCAGCCAAUGCAACAGCAAGCUCAGUAUCAACAAAUACCGACAUUGCCCCAACCAAUCCAACAGCAAGCUAGCCGUCAACAAAUACCAACAUUGCCCCAACCAAUGCAGCCGCAAGGUCAAUUUCAACAGAAACCACCACCCCAGCCAAUGCAACAGCAAGCCCAAUAUCAACAGGCACCGGCAGCCCAGCCGAUGCAACAGCAAGCUAGCCAUCAACAAAUACCGACACCACCCCAAUCAACGCAGUCGCAAGGUCAAUAUCAGCAGAAACCGCCACCCCAGCCCAUGCAGCAACAAGCUCAUUAUCAGCAGAAUCCACCACCCCAGCCAAUGCAACAGCCGACGCAACAGCAAGCUAGCCAUCAACAAAUUCGGACGAUGUCCCAAUCAACGCAGUUGCAAGCUCAAUAUCAGCAGAAACCAUCACCUCAGCCCAUGCAGCAACAAGCUCAUUACCAGCAGAAUCCACCACCCCAGCCAAUGCAACAGCAGGCUCACUAUCAACAGGCAUCAGUUCUUCCACCCCAACCACCACAGAAUCAAGGGUGCCAUAGACUUUCACCGCAGCAGAAUGGGCACUAUCAGCCAGCACCCCAACCACAGACCCAGCCACAUCAGCAAGCUCAUCAGCAGCAUGUUCAUCAACAACUCCAGUUUCAAAGCCAAUUCCAACAGUUAAUAGAGCAGGCUGCGCAAGAGCGACAGACUACACCUGUGCCGGCAACAAUCGCUUGUGACAAUCGAAAUCAACAACAUACAUGUCCUCAACAACAAUCGAAUCAAGGAGUGGUGGAUCAGCAAUGGCGACAAAGCCCACCUGACGCUCAGCAGCUGCAGAGUACUUCGCAGUCGCAAGCACAGCCGUCAGUACAGCAAAAUCAAGCCCAGCCCACCCAACGGCAGCCACAGCAUAACAACAUCAACUCUGAUAUCGUGGGACUGCUGCAGAAGCUACUGGGCACGCAGGAAUCGCCGCAACCUCAGCAGGCACAAAAUGACAAUAUUGCCAUGUCACAGCAGCUUCAGCAACCACCGCCGCCACAGCAGCAACCAGAGCCCCAAACCCAAAGUUCGAUUGACUCGGAGGCCAGUCCCCAUACGAUUUCACUGUUGUGCAAAUUGUUACAACAGGUGGCCCAACAACGGCAAAGUACCACCGGCCAGGUCCAACCGCCAGAGAGCAACCAGGAACUUGAGCUUCUCCAGCGCCUUCAGCAACAGAUUUUGUAUAGCUUCCAACAGGAACAGCCGCAAAAUUCGCAGUCGUCGCAACAUCAGAACAUUCAAACGCCGCAACAACAACAACAACAACAGGAGACUUCGCAGCCACAGUCAAAUAUCCAGCCGUUAUUGCAUGGAAACACACUGCAGCGCCAGGGCAUUCAAUCACAAGUGCAAAGUGUGUCACAGCAGCAGAGCCUUCAACUUCCACAACAGGAGAAUGCACAUUUGAAUAGUCAGCCAUUACAGCAACAGAGCUAUCAGCAACAGCAAAGUAGUCAACCACAGCAGCAAAACAUCUCACAACAGCAGAGCAUUCAACCACAACAACGGCAUAAUGGCCAGCAACAGUCAACUAGUCAGCCAUCACAGCAACUGAGUGCCCGGCAGCAACAGAACAUUCAACCACAGAAGCCAGGCAUCUUGCAGCAGCAGAACAUUCAACCACAUGAGGGGGAGAAUGCCCAACAGCCAAAUAGGCAGCCACAACCGCAACAAAAUACCCAGCAACAUUUUCGCGAAGAGCAGCUCAUGCAGAUGCUCCAAAAGCAGCUUCUCGAGCAAUUUCCAUCAAUGCUGGCCAACCCUUUGCUUGUGAACAAUGCGUUAUCUCCAGUGCUCUUUGGAUCUUCACACCCCACUGUGGCUGCCACUGCAAUCGCCAAGGCAGCAACUGCGUUGGUAACUGCUGCGGCAAACGCGGCCAUUGCGAAUAUGAAUGUACAAGGACAAACACCAAGGGAAAGCUUGGACUAUUCUGAGGCGCAAACUGAUGACAUAAUGCAUCAAGUGCAGCCCGUUGCCUCCCAGAAUGCUGUGGUCACUGACACUACUCCAGCUUCACGAGCUUCAGCUGCUCCAAAGAGUGUUUCUACUGGACUCCCAAAGUCAGUAGCAACGAGGCCGCGGGGCUCAGAUACCACUGAAACUCCUAGCUCGAUCACAACCGAACACGAUUCUUCGACCACGACAGAUUCAGAAUCAGCGAACCCCGGAGUGGCAUCGAAAAGUUUUACGGAAUGGGAAGAACUCCAGAGAAAACAGCGCGAAAAACAACGCACAGAGAAGCAGCAAAAGCAAGAUCAGCAAAAGUUGUCCGCCCGCCAGGACAAGAGACAAAAACGGUGGUGUUUGACUGCCAAGAUGGUGGACGUGGACACGUCGGAAAUGGAAAAACCCGCUGCACAGGAUCAAGCGUUUUCCAGACCAACCGCUCCAUUCAAGAAACGAAAACAUGAUCCAAGCGGUUCGGAGUACUCCUUUGACAGUGCCAGCAGUGGUAACCAACGCCGUCAACACAAUCGCAAACAUCCGAAGCACCAUUCAAGGCCGGGCCCGCCUCUGCAGGGAGGGUCGUCGCUCAGAUCACCGUGCCGGGUUGAUAGUGACCAAGAGCCUAAGGAGUCGUCUCGGGGGGAAAUGGAUGACUUUGAAUCCUCAAAGGACUCAUCUCUGACAAGGGAUAAUUCCGGCAGCGAAGGGCAGUCUAGUGGAUGCAGUGAUCAAGGCCAGAGCAGUGAUCAGGAACAGGAUUUGGGAGGAACGAGCAAUCACAGGGUAUCAGGAAACACUGCAAAAGCCAAAGCCGCCACUGAAAACCGAGGCGAGAGCGACCAGGAAUCGUCUAGACAAGGCUCGCAUGACAAUUCAUCUUCCAAGGUCUCAUCCUUGACAAACAGCGAGCAAGGACAAUCCAGUGGCAGCAGCGAUCAGGGACAAAACAGCGAGCAAGAGCAACAGAACCCUGAUGCCCAGAGGAUGGAGGCUGGGAAAACCGUGGCAAGGACGAAGGAUUCGCAGCGACCGCCCAUGGAAAGGGAUGAUUCGGCGGCAGCGAUCUAG